CACCGACGACGACGGGUAGCCUACAGGCGAAGCCUUGGGUGAAAAAAGGUCAGUUAAUUCCACUCCACAUUGUAAUGUGUACUGUCUGAUGCUGACACUGUAAUGUUCUGAACAUUCAGUUUGAGUUUGGAGACAUUUGUCAGUCACAUUCAGAGACGCUUCUCAUCCCAAGUUCAUCCCAUUUAUAUAAUUUUCAGUGACUUAGAAUAUGUUUGCGAUCUUGAAUGGAUUUAAAUACAAAAAGAGCAUAGAUAACCUAUUGAUUUCAGCAAAUGGUUGAUAUUGACAAGAAAGAGCAGGACACUUAGCUUGUUCCAAUCUGCAGGAAAUAUGCAAGAUGCCUACUGAGCAGGCUGGUCCAAGUAUGAUGUGAGGUUUCUAAUUGCCAAGGCAACUGGAGCAACAAGGUUCUGAAAGUGAAAAGAGCCUGAGACAUUUGUGGCUCAGAUGAGCAGUCCCCAGUCUGGUCAGAGGACAGAGACAGAAGGUACUCUCUCCAAACAGGAGGAUACUCCUCUUGGUCUGGGAGUUCAUCAAACCCACGACCCCUCUUCAGCAGACUGGCAGGAACCCCUGGAUGUCUUGGAGGAGGAGGAGGAGGAGAACCAUGAUGACCAGGGGUUCCACAUAGGUUGGCAGAGCAAAAGCCAUGUUUUGAAGAGGACUCAACAGAAUGGCCUGUAUGUGUUUGCUCUUUAAAACCUUUUUUGUGAACGAGAGAACUUCUUGGAUCAUUUGAAACGGGCUCCACUGGGUGCUUUUUGUGUAAACUGUGUCAACUGCAAUUUGUGGACAGAAACAUUUUCACCUCACUUUUGCCACGUUUUAGAGGUGCACUUGCUUGUUGGCAAUAUAAUUAGGCAGCCUUAAUUGAGCUGAUCUUUGAACUGUCCUUAGAGCUACUCCAACAACAAUGACCAGUCCAUUCAUCAGUCCAUCCAAUUAAAAGUGUUAGAUGAUGUACUGCCACAUUUGUUCGGUGUUCGUCUCAACAAAAAUGCUCAUAUUAGUACCAGUAGUAUACGAUACAGCUCAGCUCACAGAUACUUAACGCUUAUGUCUGCUGCUAAUCCCCUACAGGCCUGUUGGCAGAAAGAAGCUGAGAUAUAAGAGGAGGCGUACAGAGUCAGAUGCACUUUGGACUGAUUGGCCCAUUUUAGGGAACGGCUGGAAGCAAAGACAGUACAUUUGUAAUGGAGGGACAAGAAAAGAGACAUACUAUAUGAGUCCAGAUGGCUUUAAAGUGAGGAGUAAAGUUGAACUUGCCAAAUUCCUCCCCGAUACUGACCUAAGCUGCUUUCAAUUUAAAAAAGGGGUGUUCUUCGACAGGCCAUCAUUAGUGAAAAACAGCAUCAGUAACUCAGACAACAGGCCUUCCUCAGGAACCACCACACCAUCUAAACGUCCAGCUAGGAAACCUGGAAGACCCCGGAAUGUCACACCACCAAAUGCGGCCGACACUUCCACCAUGUCUUACCAUGGCAUACCCCCAAGCCUCUCUAAAAGUUGCGUGACCACACCUCCGCGAUCACACCCAGAACAUCCAAAGUCCCCCAGUGACUUCGGCAGUCCCCCUCGACUCGCCCCAGUCUCCCCGCCCACAAAGCCGUUCGACAGGUCACCCUCUCUACACCUCUGGGACCUCAGCCCUGCCAACUCCCCCAGGACACUCCCCACUCCCAUGCUGAGUACCAGGAGCAGAACCCGGCCAGCGCCACCCAGUGGCCAAGCUCCUGAGGAGGGGGAGAAGGAGGUGAAGAUGGGGCCUAGACUGUACCCUUCACCACCACCGCUACAGAAAGUCGUAGAUGCCAACCCUCGUACCAAGAAGCCUUCAGCGCUUAAACCAACUAUGAGAUAUUGUGCCAGAUGUCAUCGUUCCUUUGUUACUCUGAAGGAUGACAAGCUCUGUGGGAAAUGCAUCGCCCUCCCCAAAAGAAAUAUGGUUUUAAAGAAGGUUGGGCAGGGUCAGUGGGUCCUUAUAAAAAACGUACAGCAAAAAGCCAACAUCAGAGAACAAAAUCAGAGAAAAGGUCUUUCUUUGAGGCCAGUAAGGACACCUUUGAAUGUCAGAAGAUCUACACGUACUGUGGACAGCUUGAGAGGUGGACAGGAAGCGAAUGGGGAAAGAGACGGGGAGGAGUCGGCAAACGACCCGGGCCGGGAAUCAAACCCGCGCCGGCCGCACGGCAGACGAGUGCCGCACCAGUCGGCCACGGCAGGGCCUACAGUCCUCUAUUUCAAAGCUAAUGAGACACAGGCUGAGGGCACGAGGAAACGACGCCAACGCCGAAUGUGUUUCAAGUGUGUUGCGUGCCAGCGAAAAGACUGCGGAAAAUGCAACUUCUGCCUGGACAUGGUCAAGUUUGGCGGUCGUGGCAGACUGAAGCAGAAGUGCAAACUGCGAAGGUGCUUGAAUGAGGCACAGACGCCCCAUGAAAAGAAGGCGCUGAGGAUCGAACCCCCCAGCCCUGCGUUCCCCACCAGGCCACAGUCCAAGAGGCCAGUCUUGGAGCAAGAGGCAGUUUUGAAGAAGAGGGAGAAAAAGCAGAGGAGGAGAUGCGACAGCACUGGCACAGAGUCUGCAGAGGAGGGGGCGGAGGAGAUGAAGAAAGAGCUGGAGCCAGAGUCUGAGGAGGUGGAGGUGGAGGCUCAGGAGGUGGCUGUGGAGGUGGAGGCUCAGGAGGUGGCUGAGGAGGUGGAGGUGGAGGCUGAGGAGAAGGAGCAGGAGGAGGCUGAGGAGGAGGAGAAGGAGCAGGAGCAGGAGGAGGCUGAGGAGGGGAUGAAGAAGGCUGAGGUGGAGGUGACUUUGGAAGAAGAGGAUGUAGGCUUCCACUUUGAGACGCACCAGGGUGACGACAAUUACAAAGACUUCGCCAACGAGAUCAUCAGUGUUGUGGUCGGCAGCGAAGACCCAUCCUCCAAUUCCCUCCCAGUUGUCUUCCAGAAUGAAGGACUACAGAUAAACAGAAGCUACCUGCAAACCAACACAUCUCCGGGCCCAGUGGUGGUGUACAGUUUCAGCAGUCCACCAGCAGGAGGCGAUGUGGCACUCAGUAAGGAGAUGCAGACGAUGGGGAUGAGCAUGAACACACAGAGAGAGUUUGGGGAGGAAGAUUCACUGUACUGCCAACCUACUAUUUUUGAUAUGUUCUCUCUGGCCGACAUCACGGAGCCUGUAAACAAAGGUUCCAACUGCUCAAAGUCAGAGCGAGAGCUACGCUACUUGCUGUCGUCGUUGCAUGCAACAGUCCUGCCUGCCUACUGGAUGGCCGUGAUGGCUAGAGGUCCAGCUGUGCAGCUGCUGCAGUGCUCCCGCCGUUCCCCCAUGGUCGACACCCUCCUCCACAUCCAGUCAGGCCUCUGCUACUGCCUCACCGUCCAGGGCCUGCCGCUGCCACCCAGACACCACAUCUACCAACGCCACCCUCCGCGCCUCUCCUCUGUCAGACAGGUGGUGGAUCUGCUGCUGGACCUGGAGGAUCUGGAGGUGUGCCAGGGCUACCCGUGGGGCUCGGCCCUCGCCGUCAAGCCCCGCACCGACCAGGCCGUGCUGUGCAUCAGGGCCACCGCCUGCCACCUGCUCAUCAACCCAGAGGAGGAGGGGGAGCGCUGCCACCGCUGCCAACCGCCCUCCGCUGACGACUGAGGACCCAAGCUGAGGGGUAGCUACUGAAAAUAGGAGGAAGAAGAACAGGCAGGAUGACUAUGAGGAGAGGAGGGGUGGAAAAAGAGGAGGAAGAGGCAGGCACUUUCCUUAGCUGGAUAGGGCAGCCGCAGGAAGUACUGGACCUGAAUGCUGGGAACUUCAGGAACCUGGCAGAAAUGUGGAGAGUUGUCUCACGACAACUGGCUAUUGCAAAACUAACAAAACUUGAAAAAUCCUUUCAGCAUCUGGAAGAGUUGUCAUGUACAUAGUACAUGUACAGAAACACUCUGUGCCUUAAUCUGUCACUCUCAUGUCACUGGUAGCUGUGGCACCAGGUGUCACAUCACGUGGCAGAGGGUUACCGUAGUUGGUGCUCUUCACUUCUGAAGCUCAAAUGUUUCCUUAUGGAACCCUGCUGUUGAGGGAUGACUGUAAUAACAAACCCAGCACACGGGACCAGUCCUGGUGGAGUCUUAUGGACAUAGCUUCCUGGGGUUUUAUAUCAUAAGUGGACGUGGCCAAGAAUAUGUGGCAUUUGCAGCUGGUGCUAUCAGACAUGAUCAGGAGGGGUGGCAGAGAGCACUUAUUAAUGUUUACACACUGAAAUGGGGACUUGGUACUAAACCCCUGUUUAGAAAAGGCAAGCAAGCAAGCAAAAAUGUUUAUAAGGUAUCCAAUUCUUGGGAGUGUCUAAGAUCAUUUUACAUGACGCUCCGACCACAUCUCUGUAGUCAGUUCAAUACUUCAGCUACCUCAGAUUUUUUGACCUACACUGAAUUCCAUGUAACCUUGGAUUAUUUUUUGUUCUUUACAUAAUCACUAAGUGCUGCUUUUUUCAGAGUAGUUGGUGUGAAACUGAAGUGUCUUGACAAUUAUUUCAAUUGAGUGUUGGGAAUUAUAUGUAUGUUCUGUAAAAUAAAAUAUUGUGGAUGGAUGUCUAAUAGGCCUACCGGUAACUAUUUAAAAUGUUUGCUAAAUUUGUUUGCUCUAUUGACUUUUUCUUCACCGCACAGAUUGUAUUGAAGUUGAGUGUGGAGAAUUACAUGUAGAUGCAAAUUACAUGUAUGUACAAAUAAAGUUAUUAUUAUUAUUAAUAUUAUUAUUAUUAUUAUGUUCUGUAAAAUAAAAUAUAGUGGAUGGAUGUCUUAUAACUAUGGGAAAAUGUUUGCAAGAUUCGGUUGCUCUGUUUUGGCUUUUUUCAUAGCACAGAUUGUAUUAAAUACUACCGUGUCAUA